AUGACAUCUCUCAGGGCAAAGUUCCAGUCGCGAUCCUGGCAAAAGGAUCAAUUUACCAUCUCAACUGAUCCCAACCUGUUCCCUAUUUCCCAACUCACCGAUAUCUUCAAUUCAAAAGAGUUCUAUUGGGCCAGCGCAUUAUCACCUGAAGCCUUCAAAGAGGCCCUUCACAACUCCCUGUCCUUCGGUAUCUACGACUCGGCUGAAUCCUCCGGCCCAGAAUCACCGGGCAAGCUUAUUGGCAUCGCUCGAUUGGUGACCGACUUCGUCACUUUUGCAUACCUCACAGACGUGUGGGUUGAUCCGACAUAUCAAGGGAAAGGCUUGGGCAGCUGGCUUGUUCGUUGUAUGCGAGAAGUGUUGGAUGAGAUGCCAGAUCUGCGACGGGUGAUGUUACUUACAGGAAACUGGGAGAAGUCGGUGCCAUUUUAUGAGAAGCUACUAGGUAUGAGCUUAGUUGAGCCCAAGAGGGGUGAAGGACUUGCUGUCAUGGAGAGCAAAGGGAGAGGGCAUCCGACGUAUGGGAAGUCAGGACUAGGCUAUGACUGA